AUGGCUUUCUCAAACUGCCCUUCUUACAAGAAGUCCAACGAGAAAUUCAAUUUCAGUAUCAGCAGGGAAUUGCUUCUCAACCCAAACGAUGUCUCAGUGGGAGAGAUGAUUGGAGAAGGAGGCUACUCCAUCUUAUACAAAGGAUUGCUCAGAAACCGAUUUCCCGUUGUUGUGAAGAUAAUGCAACCAAGUGACAAAAAGAAGUUUCAAAAUGAAGUCCUGUUACUAUCCAAGAUGAGAGAUGCCAACAUUGUGAAGUUUGUUGGAGCUUGCAUAGAGCCGCAACUGAUGAUAGUUAUCGAACUCAUGGAAGGCGGCACUCUUCAGAAGUUCAUGUGGAGUUCUCAGCCGAAACCUCUUGAUCUAUACUGUAUUAUACUUGAAUGUUGCUGGGCACAUGAUUCAGAUGCAAGUCCUGAGUUCAAGGAAAUUAGGCUCUUGUUGACAAUCCUGUUAACAGUUUUGACCUCAGAUGGUAGUAUUGACACACCACAUUUAUCGGAUGAGGAAGCUUAUGACAGUGAUAUCGAUGAGGAUUCGGAGACCCCUCCUAAGGAGAAGAAGAAGAAAAAAGUACUGGUGAAGAUGAUGCGUCCUUUCGUUAAGAUGUUUAGGGCUUGUUACAAGCCAUGA